AUGAAUAAGUCUCAGUGGGAAAACAAUGAAGAAAUUAAAAUAUUCCGUGAAUACUUACGCAUUCCAUCGGUACACCCAAAUGUAGAUUACACUGCUUGUGUGGAAUUCUUGAAACGUCAGGCAGCUGAUCUGGGGCUACCAGUAGUUGUUGUCUAUGCCGGAUUGAAUCCUGUCGUUGUUAUAAAGUGGUUAGGCAAACAGCCUGAGCUUCCUUCCAUUGUAUUGAAUUCACACAUGGACGUUGUUCCGGUAUUCCCGGACAAGUGGACACACGAACCUUUCAAUGCCGAUCUGGAUGAUGAAGGCCGCAUUUUUGGUCGAGGCUCUCAGGACAUGAAGAGUGUUGCAACCCAAUACCUGGGGGCUAUUCGCUCUCUAAAAGCUAACGGCCACCAGCCAAAGAGAACAGUAAUUCUCACCUUUGUGCCGGAUGAGGAGGGUGGCGUUACACCGGGAAUGGCCAAUCUAAUUAAGAGUGAUUACUUCAGGAAACUAAACGUGGGAUUCAGCUUAGACGAGGGCAUUUCCAGUGAAGAUGAAACCUACGCCGUGUUCUAUGCCGAGCGGACUGUAUGGCAUUUAAGGCUUAAGAUCAGUGGAACUGCUGGACACGGUUCUCUACUCCUACCCAACACCGCUGGCCAGAAGCUCAACUAUGUUUUGAAUAAAUUGAUGGAAUUCCGUGAGUCACAGGUGAAACGACUCGAAGAAGACUUGAAUAUGGACAUUGGAGAUGUUACUACCGUUAACCUAACCCAACUGCACGGAGGUGUCCAAAGCAAUGUGGUGCCUCCUUUAUUGGAAGCAGUCUUUGAUAUUCGAGUUGCCAUAACAGAGGAUUUGGAUGCGCUCGAGAAGCGAAUUCGCGAUUGGUGCGCCGAAGCAGGAGAUGGCAUUGAGUUAGUGUUCGAGUGGAAGGAACCGUAUGUAGCUCCAACCAGAAUCAAUGCAUCAAAUCCAUAUUGGUUGGCCUUUAAGAAAGCUAUGGACGAACUCGGUGUGUCAACCCGUCAACGCGUUUUCCCAGGUGCCACGGACAGCCGAUUCCUGCGAUCGUUUGGCAUUCCGGCCUUGGGCUUUUCGCCUAUUAACAAUACGCCCAUCUUGCUGCACGAUCACAAUGAAUAUUUGCGUGCAGAUACUUAUCUGCGUGGAAUUGAAAUCUACAAGAAAGUUAUUGCAGCUGUAGCAGAUGUAUAACAAGUGGGCCCCCAUUCGACUUAAUUAAUUUUGAUUUAUAUACAUUAUAUUUGAUUGAUCCCCACUUCAGUAAUUAACGUAGUUGAAGCAGUGUCUGCGCACAGUUUGAAAUGAUGUAUUGAUUAAACGUUUGAUAAUGGCUUAAUUAGCAAGCACAUUAAAUACACUGAUAAGAAGCAUAUCAGACAAAUUUACGAUUACAAAGACGGGUAGCUAGAAAAGUGAUAAAAAAAAAACAUACAGUUACACAUAUAUAGUUAUAUGAACUUUGCUAUCGAUGUUGGCGUCGGGGCUUACACCAAGCCCCCAGGCGUAGACAUGCGCUGAUAAUGGGCAGAAGGUGAUAUUUGCUGAAGCAUUCGAAACAUUCGAUAAAAUGACUAAACCAACGUUCUUUAGAACUCAAAAUGAGCAAUUUUGGUGACCCACAAGUAUUUAUAUGAACACGAAUAAUUUAACUGAUUUAAGAUUAGCAGAAGUGUCGGCUCUUGUACCUUGCCGAAGUUCUUUGUUUUUUUUUUUUUUUAUUGAAUAUCACAAGCCGAGUCUUCGAAUUUGAGUACUUUUGUUCUACCUUUGCUCUGACAAACAUUUACAAAGGAAAUUCAUAACUGGUUGCAAGACUAGCCCUAAAAG